UUUCUUUCAUGAUUUCUUCUUUACAUAUUCUGGGGAUGCGAUUCCUAUCUGAAUUACAUAAUUUUAUACAUGGACUUUUUAUUUGUCCUAUCGAAGUCGAGAUUUGAAUUUAUUGAUUGGGCCUAUGAAGCCAAUUGCUCUAUUGAGUCUAUUGCGGCCUAUUCAGUUUAUUGUCUGCUACGGCUUCAAUCAGGUGGAUUGUUUUGAUGGUCUGCAGAGUCCGAUCUGUGAGUACUGUGACAUCAACUUUUAUCAAGUGAUGAUUAUAUAAAUACAUAAUUUAAAAACUUUAGUUUAUUUUUCAUAUUAUAUUCAUAUUCCUUUUAAACUUUAAGUUUUUACUCAGAUCUUUUCAAUAACUUCUUCUUUUAUUUACUUUUAUUGUUCUUUAUUUUAAUGUUAUAAAGUUAUAAUGUUAUAAUGUUGUUUGCUGUAAUAAAAUGGACCAAAUGGAAUUUGCAACUUAAUCAUAUCUUAGUCUUAAUAGUAUAGUACUAAGUAGCAUUAAUUUCGUUCAAGUGUUUGGGGCAGUGGGAUUGGAGGCGCCAACAAGGGGGUGAGGCUGGUGUUUGCUAAAAUUCCACAGUCCACAGCCGCCUGCUUUAAAUUUAUCAUAAAUUAAAUUUUAUGAAAAAUAAUAUUGCCAAUUAUUGCACAAAUUGUUCUUUUUAUAUUUAUAUGAUGUAUUGUAAACAUUUCUCUUGAAAUCUAUGUUCCAGUUUUUAAAUAAUGUUGGUGGAUGUGCUGCCAAAAUGGGAGAGAAUGGUGUACUGGAUUGUUGGAGUUAUACCAAUUUUCGGCUCCUUAUAUUGCCUUUAUUUGGAGGGUCAAAGUUAGUCCUUGAAUUGAAUAUAAUUCAUGGCUGCGGCUAUUCGGACCCGGGUCCGAGAAGUUAGAGUUUGGGUUUAUUAAUAAAUAUUUUAAAAUUAUUGUAGGGUUUGUAAGACAACAUUUGGUAUCAAAUGAAAGAUAAUUGAAUGGACUAUAUGUUUCUAAACUUACUUCUUAAGUUUAACUAAAAUAAACUACCACAAAUGACAUUUAGUCAAAAUGGAACCGGAAAUGCUUCGCCGCUAUUCGGACCCGGGUCCCUUUAGAUCAGGGGUCUCAAACUCAAAUCAUCCGGGGGCCAGAGGUAGAGUCUGAGUGAGACUGGGCCGCCUCAAAUAUUCAACAAAAAAGUGAUUACAAAUUACAACUGUUACAAUCUGCUCAAGCUUUAAUAACAAAACAUCAAGGGUUCUCAAGAACUAGGCUUCACUUCGUCCUACUCCUUGUUGCCAGAGUCCUGGCAGCGCUACUUCUUAAACAGCUGGGCAACAUUUGGCUUGAGUGAGAAGCAACUGAGUCCCUCAGUAUAGCCUAAAGAUGCUCAUCAUAAGUUUAUGAAUUAUGACUUGUUAAAGUUCAUAGUGGAAAAGAGCUUUACACACAGAUAGGUACUUCCAAAAAGCCACAUGAUCCGCUUUAACAACCUGGAAAUCUCAGGGAAGUUAGAGAGCAAGUCUCUCUUAAAUUUCCAUGCUUGUCUGUUUUUCCAUUCAUCCCCUUGCACUUAGCCCUGAGUUCAGAAUUGCACUGAAGAUCAAUCAGGUAAUUGAAGUUCAAUUCCAGCCAAAGCCCAGUCAAGCGAAAAAAAACUCACCAGCACCCCGGGUAGACGGGACUCGGGACUUGUUAACCUUGGUCGGCAACUCAUCUAAGAUAGGGAAACUCUAAAUUCAAAUCCGGAGAUGGCGUCCCCUACAGACGGCAAAACAUCAAAACAAUGAAUCAUUCCGACAACCCUUGCGACGCCCGGAUGCCAUCACUGAGAGCGCAGUGAGCAUGCUAAAAUAGCAUGGAUACUUAGCACUAUAUAAGUAUUCAAUCAAUCAAGUGCAAAAAAAAAAAGUGGUCGUGUGGCAUCUUCCACAUUGAAGGAGAAAAGGUCAGCAAAAAUUUGAAAAGUGGCACUGUGUGUUUUGAAGUCUGGAAACAUAUGAUCAAAUUCUUCCUGUAGAUUGGCAAUGGCAUCAGUAUACUUACUAAUGAAGGGUGUGCCCGAGUCAAUGAGUACUUUACAUGUUGGAAAAAGGCAAAGGUUUCUCUGCGAAGCUGGGUUUUCCAUAACUCAAGUUUUGUGCAGAGUGCCCUGACAUUGCCAUAGGCAACACCGACAAGCUGCCCCUUGUAAAUUCUUGUUGAGUACAUUCAGCUCCUGUGUUAUGUUAUUAAAAAAAGCCAAGUGCUUGACCCAUUUGGGAUCACUUAAUACAAGAACAACCACCCCAUCCUUCUCUAUGAAGGCUUUAAAGGCUAAAUCGUGUUCAAACAGCAGGCAGGUGCAGGCAAUAUUUAUGUAUUAUUAAUGUGAAGGAAGAUGCUAUUAUAGGGAGAAUGAGUUUUGAUUUUUUUAUCGUAGAAAAGGCCUUAUUGACUAACCCUAUUUUGAUUGUGACAAAUCUGACAUGCUGGGAAUUUCCCUCACUCAUACACAAAAGCAGCAAUUUUAAUAAGGAUUCUUUGAAACUGUGUCAGAUUGCUACAAUUUACACAAUUAUGGUUGUGCAUUACUCACUAACUGACUUUUUAAACUUUUCUUAAAACCUCACUUUGGCCAUGUUUGUCUCAUAAAAUCCUAUACUAUAAAAUAAAAACAUUAUAGUCCGAAUUUAAAACGGUUUUUACCAUUAUAAUCAACGUCCAAAUGUAUACAAAAUCAGAAUGAGACUAGUCGUUAAGUUUCGAAUGAAACCGUCGCAAAGGUUCACAGUAUAGAUACGAGAAUAGGAAAACGUGCGGACCGCAUUAACACUAAAAUUUGCUGUCAGGUUUCAGGCCGCCAAGUAUCGUCUCUUGGGCCGCGGGUUUGAGACCCCUGUUUAGACUCAAUGCUAUUCGGAUGUCAUUUGUGGUAGUUUAUUUUUAUUCAAAAUGAAGAAAUAAGUUUACAAACAUAUAGUCCAUUCAAUUAUCUUUUCAUUUGAUACCAAAUUUUGUCUUACAACGGAACAAUAAUAUUUUUGUUAAAAUUUUAACCCCAACCUCUAACUUCUCCCACCUGGGUCCGAAUAGCCACUUCGAUAAUUCAUGAACUAUGGAUGUAUUUUUUUUAAAGUUUUAUUUAUUAUGCCCAUACUGUAAAUAAUUUACAUUAUUAAACAUCAGUUUUAACACUUUUUUGGAGAAAAAAACAUAAUUCACUUUCAACAAUUUCUAAAAUUGUAAUUUUAAAUAAUAGGCACACCCAAAAUCUGUUCUUUCAAUCUACAAAUAAUUUUGGAUAUUGUGAUGAUAGACUUGGGGAAAAAGGGGGUGUGGUUGGGGGUGGGGGGUUAAAUAAAAUGUCUCUUAGCUUACAUCAGCACUGAUUUUAAUGUAAAAUCAAAACCCCUUCCAAUUGUGUAAAAUUAAUGAAAUAAUAUUUCCAGGAAUAAUCUCUCAAAUUUGUACAUUAAUUAAUUCUUUGGUAGGCUAUUGCUAUUCACUAAUUCAGAACAGGAGACUAAUAAAAUAUUAAUUUCAUGGCCUAGAACCUUUUUUAUUGGUAAUUCAAAAAAGAACCAGCUUAUUAAAUUAGCCCUAAUUAUUGAAUUAUUAAGAAUAAAGACAUAAUACAAGUCCAUUCUCCUCUCCCCCACCCCAAAACCUACUUCCCAAAACACAACUCCCCUCCACCCCCACUCCCCAAAGAAGAAACAUAUACAAAAUAAAAGAGCCGUUAUAAUAUACACAGCUUUUUGAAAAAAAUCUCAAACUGAAGUAUUUUUGUUCUCCCAAAAUUUCCUGACUUUAUUUUAAUAAAUGUGGUGUCACAGAUGUUCCUGGUAAUCAAUAUGAAGCCUAUAAAAGUUAACAUUUUAUCACAGUGAAAAUAUAAAAUUGUUGGUUCAAUUACCUUUUUAUGGGAAGAAGCAAGUUCAAUUAUAUGAAUAAAUCAUUCAUUUUAAAACUUAAAAAUUGUUUUAGACUUUUUGAACGCACUAUACUAUAAAGCAGGCCUGCACAACAUAAGGCCCGCCAGCACUCACUUUGUGGCCGGCGAAGUAACAAAAUAAUCUUUUUUUUUAUCCUUUUCUUAAUAUCUUUCCACCUGACCUAUUUUCUUUUGGUCCGCACAAGUCCUAUCUUAUUUUCUUUUGGCCCACCCACGUUUUUCAUAAGUUAUUACGGCCCUACUUACAUUUUGAGUUGUGCAGGCCUGCUAUAUAGUAAAACAAAAUAAUGCCUUCAAAAAGAAAUUUGAUGCAAAAUUUUAACGUAUGAAUUGAAAAAAAGAUUCGACCAAAUUUCCGUUUUAAAAAAUUCCAUAGAUCAAUUUUUCAUUGACGAAAUUUCUUUCAAAUAAAUUUCCGGAUAUGCUGCAUCUGUGUUUUAGAUCUGAAGCUACUAUAAAUUUACCAGUAUAAACAUAUAAGUGUGCUUGAUAAAGAUUAGGGCUUGUUGUUUUUAAAAUAUUUUGUAUUUAAAGGUUUAAAAUGAUAGCAUUUUUUUUUUCUUUAACAAGGCAAUAAAAGGUGGUUACAUCCUAGUGAUUUCCAGAAGAAUUGGAGGUGGUUAGGUCACGACCAGGUAUGUUAAAAAUCAGUAAAAAUGGCAUUUGCAGUUGAUUUAUUAAUUAUGCAACACUAUCAUAAGAGUGGAUAGAUAGGAAAACUACAUAAUUCAUGAUGGAAUAGCACAAGGUAUAACAACAAAGCUCCAUUAUGUGAAUGACUUAAUACAAGUGUAGCAAAAAUUAAGUGUUUAGGGGAGACUCAGCAAAGUUUUUUUUUUAUUCAUAAAGUUUAUUAUAUAAGGUUUCUUUAACAUUGAACAGAUAAUUAAAUUCAAGAUAAAAAAGAAGAUGCAUAAAUUAAUUAAAUAGCUGAAUUCAGACUGAAUACAGUGUGUUUGUAUUUUUAAUUUUAUAAAGACUUAUGGGAUCUGUUACAAGGUAGGGCCAUUUUCUUUAUGUACCUCAUUAACCUAGCCGUAUCAGAUUACCAAGUUCCAGGAAGGGUGACAUGUCAUUGGCCCGAGCAACCUCUAUUAAGCAAACAUUGACCUACAUUAAGGUCAAGCCACGUGAAAUGAUAAGUAUAAGACUGGGUGUAUCCCCCUACAGAUAGGGAGAGAUACAAGAUGAGCAUAUCCAUGCGUGACUAGCUUUCCGUUGCAUUUGCUGAGUACUAGAUAAGGCCAUGCAAUAGUUAGCAGAAAUAUUAAUUCCAGGAACUUAGACAAGUGAUAGUAUUGUUUAUAUUACUGUAAGAUUUAGAUAUUGUUAGACCUGUAUUCAUUUCUUUAUUGUAGAUUACAUGUUUCUUUGUUCACAUUAUAUUCCAUAUAAUAAAGUAUGCUUAUAUAGAGCACUGAUUGUCUUUAUUUUAGCCAAUAGUGUGUCUAAAAUCUACCUGUGUUAGCCCCUUUUCAAAUCUCCUAGACCACGAGCUUCUUCAAAUUCAUUGAACAGCAUAGGGGCGUAACACAUCUCUCCCCCAACCAAUGUUAAAAUCAAAUUUUUAUUGACAAAAUAGAAUCAGGCUUCCUUUAAAUAGUUAAACUUAAAGAAAUAGAUAUUUUUCAUCUUCUUUCUCUAGGACCAAUCUGACAAUGAAUGGAGUAUGUGGAAAAGUUCUCUACCAUGGCUUAUCCUGUCAAACAUUUGUCAUUUGAGCCUGUCACAGGCUUGUUUCUUCUUCUCUGCUAAAAAAAAAGUAAAAUUUUUGUUAUUUUCUGUCAAUUUUUACACGUAUAAUUUUUUAUGCGCUUUUAUUUAUUAGCUUGCUAUUUUGUCAGUUUGUUUGUCUCGGUCAAAUUUUGACCUCAAUUUUGACCCACUUCCUUAUGUCCGAUAGAGCUGAAAAUUUGUACUCAUAUAACCAUCCUCGACGAUUUGACCCUCCAUGAUCAGUAGGAUCCUAAGGCGAAAUUUAAGAUUUGGCAACGCCAGCAUGAAAAAAAACCUAUAAAGCCUUUGUCCUGCCGCUUUUAGAUUAUGCAUCUUCAGUCUGUGACCUUUCACCCAGAAGAGCAUUGACAGGUUGGAGGUGAUCCAGUGAUGGGCAGCACAUUUGUCCUUAACCACUACUGGAACACCUCUAGUGUUGGCAGUUUGCUGGAAUUACUGGGCUGGUCACCAUUGGAAGAAUGGUGAUGAUUAUCCAGGCUCUCCAUGAUGUUCAAGAUAAAAAAAUGGGCUGGUCCACUGCUCCAGCAUUAAACAGAAACUCAUCCCUCUUCUCACUAAAUAUCGACGAGGCCAUGACGGGCAGUUCAGGCUCAUAAAAACAAGAACUCAGUACAGGAACUGCUCAUUCCUGCCAAAGACAAUCAGGGUCUGGAACAUGCUUCCAAAAGAAACAUUUGAGGCGACAACACUUGACACAUUUGCGUCUAUUGCCUCCUGCCUUCCUACCCCCAGUUCAUAAUACCAUCACUGAGUAGCCCUUGGCAACCAGUGAAGUAUCCUCUUCAAAACCAUGCACAGAAAAAUCAUGAAACUUCCUCUACAAAGCCAGAAUGAUCAAUACAUUGAUCCUGGACCCACAAAAUAUAGGAGAGGUCACCCCCACUCACCUGUGACCUCCUCUAACCCUUGAGUGACGGCUCUGGGUCAAAUCUUGCAUCUCAAUUUUGACCCACUUCCUGAUCUCCAACUGAGCUGAAACAAAGAACACACAUAAACUAAUAACUCUGAAGUUUGGGGGACAUUUAUUUUAUACUUUGUUGUACAUUUUUAGAAAAUCAUAUUAAAAAAAAAAAAUAUUUUAAUCUUGUUAUAUUUUUACAUGGAUAAUAAAAAAUAAAGAUAUCACAAUUUAAAUCAAUAUUUUUUGAUAAUGUCUUUUGGAAAAUUUCUCAUAAACAAGAUUUUCUAAAUUUUCAAUGCCAAUGAUGGGUUAUUUAAGAUAGGAUGUUGUAACAUGAACUAGAUCAUAUUAUGCUCGUAUGUAGUUUUAUAUUGUUGCUUCUGUUUUUAAAUGUGGUAAAUUUUAGAUUGUUUUUUUUAUAUUUUUUAAUAUGGUUGACUUUGUAUCGCGCUUUGAACUUUUGGGGAUGAAGCGUGUUUUUCAAAUAAACUUUAUUAUUAUUAUUAUUAUGUGAUAAAGCUAAUGGGAUAAUAUUUCAUUUCCCUUUUUUUGCUCUCCAGUACCUAUAAUUUCCACUGUAAAAUUUUUGUCACAGAAGCAAUAUUUUUUUGGAAGAUUGAAGCAUACCUGAUUAUGAGUAUAAAGUUUUUAAAAAAGAUCACCUAACCAAUAUGAUUUGAUCAGGUGUAAACUUUAAAUUAGUAAAGUAAUUAUAAUUUGAAGACCUUAUACUUAUAAAUAGCAUAAGCAUUAAUUUCUCAAUCAAUCACUUUGGAUAGGUCAGGGUUUUUAUCCUGUCAGUAUUUGAUGUCGCUGCCUUAGCCAUGUUUUUCGGAGUCUGGCCAGUGCUGUUAUACCUUUCAAAAUUCCUAUUGAUGUAUAUCAUCUCCUGCACUUCCUGUAUACCAGCUGUGUGGCUAACAGCCGUAAUCAUGACCGCAACUGGUAUCAAUUCAACAUUAUUGGAAUGGCAGGUAAAAAAAAAAAAAAGAGGUGUGAUUUCUUUUACCCACUAGGUAAUUCAAAAUGUGAAUUUGUGUUGUGUAAUUCUUUAACUUUUUUUACUUUCUACAUGAAAUUUUAGAUAAGCUGUGUGGCUAACAGCCGUAAUCAUGACCGCAACUGGUAACAAUUCAACAUUAUUGGAAUGGCAGGUAAAAAAAAAAAAAAAGAGGUGUGAUUUCUUUUACCCACUAGGUAAUUCAAAAUGUGAAUUUGUGCUGUGUAAUUCUUUAACUUUUUUUACUUUCUACAUGAAAUUUUAGAUGUAUGUAUGUACAUGGAUGCCGCAUUAGGAUAAAAAAUUAAGAAGGAGUUAUGUACAAAGUAAACCUAAAUUUCAAACCAAAAUCAAGAAUCAUUUUAGUCACUUCAAAUAGGCUGGUCAUGUUUUUCAAAUCAAUCUAUCAAUUUUCUGCUUGUUGUUUUAUUAUUAUUAAAUAUUAUUUACACAGCUAAGGCAUUUCUUCUUGAGGAAUCCUGAUACCCCAGCGCAUUCCUUUAUUGUGGCCUCUGGCUUUUUCGACAUUCACCUUGUGAGUUUUGCCAUUGAUAAAAUCAAAUGGGAACAAACCAAGUAUACAGAUUCUAAAAGUAUGGAACUUGAUCCCAAGAGAAACCAAAUACCCAUUUAUCCAGAAGUGAGCAAAGAGUAUCUAAGUCCAUCCCAGGAAACUUCAGUGACUGAGGACAAUAGACCAUGUUUCAUGGACUUUUUCUUUUAUACAUUUUAUCUACCAAAAUUUGUACAUGGCCCAAUAUAUCUUUUUCGUGCUUUUUACCUGGACAUUAAUGCUCAUUUCAAUGCCAAAGAGCAGACCAUGGAUAUUCGGAACAUCUGCACAAAUCUACUGAAAAUCUUAUUUUGGGCUCUGUUGCUGGACUUUCUACUUCACUUCUUUUACUUCAGCUCACUUGGGUCACAUCCCUCUGUGGUAAAGCAGUUGUCUCUGGCUGCUGUUUGUGCCAUGGGUUACAUGCAGGGGCAAAUCUUUAUGGUCAAGUAUUUCUGCUCUUACGGACUCACUGGACAGCUCUCAAGAUUUGAUGGAGUAACACCCCACCCCAACCCUCGAUGUAUCUCCUGGGUCUACUCAUACACAGACAUGUGGAAAUAUUUUGAUUGUGGUCUCUACAAGUUCAUUAAAACGUAUAUCUUCAUUCCUUUCGGAGGCUCUCAGGCAGGCUGGUUCAACCAUUUCCGCGCCUCAGCUGUAGCCUUUUUCUUCAUAUUUUAUUGGCAUGGUGCACGCAUAAAUUUGUUCAUUUGGGCCGCUGGCAACUUUCUUACUGGAGUUGUGGAGAAGAUUGCUAAAUGUUUAGAACAGUCAACACCAGGGGUCAGACUGGUAAGUUUGUCAAAAUGUAUAUUCUGUUAAAAUGACUUAAGAGUUCACAGUUAAUAGUUAACCUUCCUCAAAAACCACAGAACUCACUACUUACCAGCCACUGUGACUAUUAUUUUUACACAUCUAUUCUGUUUUGUGCAUCCUCAGAAGUCAAAGCUGAGUGCAGCCAUGCAGUUGAGGUUAAGAGUUAUCUUUAUUGUGCCUUUGUAUGUCAUAUCGUGUUGGCUAAUUUUCUGUUUCUUUUUUGACAUCACAACAACAUGGGUCAUUAUUGAGAAGAUGAUUCUCAAAGGUCAGUGCAUCAUUUUGUAAUCAGAUCAUUUAUCUCAGCAUGCAAUAUGAGGACAUUUUAAUGUCAACCCCAACUUCCUACUUACUCUUACUUACUUCUCUUUAUGACUUUAUGCCCUUUUUAAAUCAUUAUAAGUUGUUAAAACACUUUUAAUCCGUGUAAAAAUACAAUUUAUAUAAUAAUGUAAGUAAACUGACUCUCUAUUAGUAAUGUAAAAUAAAGCCUAUUCUAUUUGACCUCAGAAACAAUUAGUUACCAUUAUUAAGAGGAGCUUAUCAUAAAAAAAUGCCUAUUUUUAAAUCUUUUUGUUUCAGCUUCGUGGACCAAGAUCCUCAUAGAGAAUCUCAUCUUCAUAUCUGUUGUGCACAAUGCUGUUUACAUAUCAAUGUUAAGAAGAAAAAGAAGAGCGAAAUCCCAAUGAUACCAUCUGUUUUAUCUUUAAAUUUAAAUGAAUUUAUCUUUAAAUUUAAAUGAAUGUUUCAGAAUGCAUUCUUCAUUCUUUUUUUUCUUAAUUUUUUCAUUUUUGAUCUAUGCCCCAAAAAAAAGACAUAAUAUUUUGGCAGUUUUCAUGACCAAGUUUGAGGUUUUGAGCCAGCCUU